CCUUAAGUCUGUAAUUGGCAAGGUUUUAAUUUAGAAUGCAAAUUAAUUUUCAAAAACUGAUACAGAUAAAAAGAGCUACCAAAGAUAUAUUUUGUAACUUACCACUGAUCUCAGCUAUGACUGCAGAGUACAUUGUUCCCUUGAAUUUGGCCCUGAUAUACUCUCCCUCUUCGUACUUCUCUAUUUCUUUACGGGGCUGACAGAUUGCGUCUAUGUUUAUUAUGCUAACAUAGUUAUCCUCCCAUUCUAUCAAUGCAAAAACUUUAGGGUCUGCCAUUUUCAAUGCCUCGCGUGAUUUUUAAGUUUGCGGCGCGAUUCAAGUUUGCGCCUUUUGUCGUGACCAAUAGAAAAUCCGCUCUGUAAGAUUUGUAAGGUCGAGUUAGCAAAUAGUUUCGAAUUUUCGAGAAAUAAUAAGACGAAAGAAAUAAAAUUUUAGUAUAUUUUUUCACUAAUUAAAUUAAAAUAAAAAACUAUUUAAUUUUAAUCAUUUAAUGAUUUCAAAGAAAUGUUCACAUCAAUAUACGCAUCCACCAUCGAAUGUGUUGAAGAGCGACGAGCCUCGUUUUGGAUAUCACAACAAGUAUGGCCGCGGAGGUCAAAACAGCGGACUAUGCAGAAGUUUGGGAGAAUGGUCGUAAAAAGUAUGAGUGUGCAUUGUGUGGCAGAUAUUUUACAACAACACGGUCCACAAUAUAUCACUUACAUACCAUGCAUGGGAAAAGUCCCUUGAAGAAAAUAAGGAAACAGUAUCUUGAAAACCCUAGUAUUGAAAUACCUCGUAGUACUCUGCAUUACAAGAAGAAAAAAAAUGAUCUGUGUGAUAAAAGUCUUGUCCGUAACAAUGAGAUUGAAAAAGAAAAGGCCCAAGGCAGUAAUAAGGAUGUGGAAAGUGUGCUGACUGUGAAUGACUAUACUCUUGAAGACAAACAGACAGAUGAACAGUUGCAAAAUAUCUCUGAUGAUCCAAAGUUACCAUAUGAAAAUGAGCAUAAUACAUCUUCUCUUGAAGACAAACAGACAGAUGAACAGUUGCAAAAUAUCUCUGAUGAUCCAAAGUUGCCAUAUGAAAAUGAGCAUAAUACAUCUUCUGAUGAUAGUAACACUGAUGUUUCAACAGAUACUUCUGACAGCUCCAGCGAUGAAAUAGAGGAUGGACUCUCAGAUUCUUCAUCUAUAGCAUCUAGCAGCACAUAUGACCAAGAUGAGCAUAGUGAUAUGGAGGAACAGAAUGUUGAAAUGUGUUUAUUGUCAUGCUUUUUAAGGAAUAAUUUUUCUGCAAGUUCUGCUAAGGAUGUUCUUUGUACCCUGCAAAGAACUUUUCCAGAGUGCGAGUCUUUAGGGAAACUGAGUUAUGAAAAGCUUUGGGGAUUUCUUGAUGUAGACUUUGCAUCGGAGGUGCAUUACUGUGAAAAGUGCUAUAGAAUUUUUCCUGACAAUCCAGAUAUUGAUAAAUGUAGGGAAUGUGGUGGUCCUCGAUACAAAGCAGGGAUAAAUAGAGUAAAACAAGCUUGUUCUACUUUUGUCUAUGCAAAUGUUGAAAGACAGCUCAAGAACUUAUUGCAAUCUCCAGGAAUUUGGGAUGACAUUAAACGGAACAAAAGCCAGAUAUUGGAAAGACAUGCAGCCAACCCUGACCUUAUUACUGAUAUAACAGAUGGGAGGAUAUAUAAAGAGUUAUUGUCUGAAGGAGGUUUCCUUGAUCACAGCUGCAAUAUUACUGUACUGAUGAAUACUGAUGGCCUGAGUUUGUAUUCUUCUUCCAAAAUACAGCUGUGGCCUGUUUUCUUUGCCGUAAACGAACUAUCUCCUUCUUUGCGAUUUGCUAGGGAAAAUGUCAUACUCGCAGGAAUAUGGCAAGGAAAAGGGAAACCUCCAAUGCAGCAAUACUUGGGGUCAUUGUGCUGUAUUUUAAACAAUUUGUAUGAUACCGGGAUUAUUGUAGACCUGGAUAAUGAAGAAACAUGUGUUAAAGUGAAAGUUAUUGGUGGUACCUAUGAUUUACCUGCUAAAGCUGCCGUCUUAAAUAUGACCCAAUUUAAUGGAAGUGAAUCAUGCAUAGCUUGUGAAGACCCAGGAAAAGUAGUCAAACAGGGAAAAGGACACUGCAGAACUUUUCCAUUCCGUGAAAACAAUGACAAAUACCCACAGCGAAAUCAGGGCAAUGUAUCCUUUUGUAUGUUGCAUGGAACACCCAACAGACGAAUUAAAGGUUUCAGAGGAGAGUCCGCUUUGUUGAAAUUAAAGGAUUUUAAUAUUGUAAGUGGAAGCCCCCCUGAUUACAUGCAUGGAACUUUACUUGGUGUCAUUAAAUGCCUUAUGAACAAAUGGUUUUCAGCUACAGAAAGCAAAAGUGACUGCUUCGUAGGUAACCAUUUGAAGAUUAUUUCAAAAAGGAUGAAUAGUAUACAGCCUCCACAAUUUAUGGAAAGAUUACCUCGAGAUUUAGAGCAAAAUUACAUUCAUUUCAAAGCUACAGAAUUGCAGGCUUGGCUUCUAUACUAUGCCCUUCCAUGUUUAUGUGGAAUUUUGCCAGAAAUUUACUUGCAACAUUUUGCUUUGCUAUCUGAAGGAAUUUAUUUGCUUUUAGGUGAUCAUAUAACAGAUGCUAACCUUACAAGAGCAGAAAGAAUUCUUGUCAAGUUUUUCAAAGAUUUUUGUAACUUGUACCCUGCAGGAAACUGUGGACUUAACGUGCAUAACAUUGGGUUCCAUUAUGUAGACUAUGUUCGCCUCCUCGGUCCAUUGUGGGCAUGGAGCUGUUUUCCGUUUGAAGACUGUAAUUCUAUGAUUACAAAAUCAGUGCAUGGAACCGGAAACAUAACACAUCAGAUAAUGAGGCUAAAGGAGGCACAAACCGUUUUGAGAAACCGCCUUCAGUUGACUCCAAAAGAAAGAUUAUGGAAAUGUACUACAUGUAUGUUGAAUUGUGAUGUUGCUGGGGCUAUAAAUCAAAUUCCUAAUGAUGCAUAUAAAUCUUUCAUCAUGAAAUCAUUUUGUGCUGAGGAUAUUUCAGAAAUUAAAAAAGUGGAAAGAAUCCUUCUUCAUGGCAGAAAGUUCUAUUCUCAAAGUUAUUCUCGUAUGAAGAGGAGAACAUGCAGUGUCUUCAUAACAAAGAGCAGGAAAGUAGUAGUAGUUCUUUAUUUUGUUCUACAUUUAAAAACUGAACUUGUGUAUGCUCUUGUACUACCAAUGCAUCUAAAAGAGUGUGGUAUUAGGAAUGUUGGGAAACAUUUUGCAAGUGUAAAUAUUGACCAGACUUGUGAAUUGAUACUAGUUGAAGAACUUGAAGAAAAUGUUUGGUAUGUUGAUGUCAAAGAUGACACUUUUACAGAUAAGUUCAUUGUUAGGAUGCCAAAUGCUCACGGACAUGCUAUUUUUAAGUAAAUUUUUGAAAAGAAGUCUCAUAAUGGUUCAGUGGUUUUGUGUAAAGCAACAUUUACAGAUAUAAUAAUAUAUAUCUUUUUUCCCAGUUUAUCCAACUUGGGCAAAUUUGCCAUUACUUUGUAAAAUGCAUGAAUAUCAUGAAUGAAUUCUCUUUGUUUCACUUCAUGUACAUGUAUAAUGUUUGAAUGACAGAGUUGCAUCUCUAGGAUGAUAAUACUUGUAGGCUAAGGAUGGGAGAACCUCAAAAUUUAUAACUAUAUGCCGUUGAAGAAUUUAAAUACAUGUACCACCCAAUCACAGAUAUUCCUUAAAAUUCUAAAGAUUGUGUUAAAAGGAGUGUAAGAAAGUGCAUAGAUCUGUAUCAUUUUUCAUAUGUUUUUGUCAUGGACAAUUAACAUGGAAUCAACAUGAUCAAACUCUCAUAUUACAAUUAAAUGUAAAGUUUUUUUCUUUAUAUGAAUACAUACAUGUCUAUUAAAUGUUUUAUAAUAAAUAAUGUACUGUU